AUGAAUACUGCUAAUGAAGAAAAACAACACGUAUUAGAUGUUACUGAAGGUGAAAUAUUUAUUGUUGAACGUAUUGUCAAUCAUCUUUUUCGCAAUAGUAAAAAAGAAUAUUUAAUUGCAUGGAAAGGGUUUUGGCAAUUACCUAUUGAUGAAAAAGAUCUAGUUAAAAUAGCAUUCAUCGCUCUAUUUGGUUUAUAUGAAUGGAAUGUUCUCCCUCAAAGUCUUCGAAAUGCUUCUCCAAGUUUUCAACGUAUUAUGAACAAUCUAUUAUCAUUAUGUACUGACUUCUCCUUAGUUUAUUUAGAUGACAUCAUAAUUUUUUCUCGUACUUAUGAUGAACAUUUAAUUCACUUUGAAGAAGUUUUAAAUACUUUACAAUCACAUAAUUUAACAUUAAAUUCAACAAAAUGUGAAAUAGCUAAACAAACAAUUGAAUAUUUAGGACAUGUAAUUAAUUCCACAACAAUUACUCCUUUAACAGAUAAAAUUAAAUCUAUUAUUUUAUUACCAGAACCUAGAUUAUUAGCACAAGCAAAUCGCUUCAUUGAUGCAUUAUCAUGGUACAGAAAAUUUAUUCCACAAUUUGCAAGUAUGGCAACACCUGUUCAUGCUGUAAUCAAUCUUUUGAAAUCACAUCGACAUAAAUUUAAAUGGGUACCUGAACAAUCAAAAUCUUUUAAUGAUUUAAAACAAUUAUUAGCAUCUCAUCCACUUCUUUUAAAUUUUCCAGAUGAUACACAACCUGUAUUGUUAUCAACUGAUGCAUCUAAGGUGGGAUUAGGUGGUAUUCUUUAUCAAGAAAUUAAUAAUGUUAAAAAAAUACUUUAUUAUUAUUUCGAAUUAUUAUCAUCAUCACAAAAACGUUAUCAUCAUAUUGAACUUAAAGCAUUGGCAAUUUUCAAAUGUAUUACUUGA